AUGCCUGUGAUUUCUGGAUUUGCGCUGCGAUUUUUGAUAACUACACUCUAUUUUACACUACUGUCUUUGAGCACCGCUUGGGCUUUUGUUUUCUAUUCUGAAACUGUGAUCUUCAUCUAUGUGAUAUCUACAGUAUGCCUUCUUAUUCUGUCCUACCCAAUUAUCAAUGCAAUUAUCAAGAGCAAAACCCAUGAUUUUGACAUAUGUGCCUUUAAAUGGGUCUCGAAUGGAAUUGAGAAGAUUAUUGUGGAGAGUACGGUAGAUGAGGAGGAGAAGAAGAUUCAACCUUUGGAUGUUGCAUUCAUCUAUGCUUAUGUGUAG